ACCUUGUAGGUAUUAAUAAAAAAUGUGGUCCAAAUUAUUAGUGGCUAUUUUAUUGUGUUGGGGGGUUGAGGGGUUCCCCGAUGGGGCGCCUAUAGACGCCUGUGUCAAGGACCGGCCUAAUCAGCCCAAUCAUGGACAGCAUCGGACGCAGCCGCUGAACACACUGCCGUACAGAGUGUACGCUUCAGCGACUAAUUAUGGACCAAAUGCUGCAAUUACAGUGACCAUUGAGGGUGCCGAGUCAUUCAAAGGGUUCUUUAUCCAAGCCCGUUCUGUCGAGGACGACCGGUGGCUCGGCUCAUGGGAGGAAGCACCGAAUACUACGAUCCAUCCCGAGUGCGCCGCCGUCACUCAUGCUGAUCCCAGAGAAAAGACUCGAGCGACGCUGGUGUGGCGCGCCCCGCCCGACGCACAGGGGAGGGUUUACUUCACAGGCACCGUAUUGAAGAAUUACUCAACAUUCUGGUCGAAUUUAAUAGCGGAGGCGCCACAGGAUCCAGCACAAUUGCAAAUUCUUGGCUGAACCAGUUUCAGUAUUGUUAUGCGAAAAUAGUGUUGAAACUAUUGG